GCCAAUCGCUUUUUGGCAAAGAUGCAAAUCGGAGAUGGACUCAUAUGUACAUCUCCUUUUUUUUCGUUUCUAAUUCUGCCCAGCCUGACUGAACCUAACUUAUACCCGGUACAUGCCUAUACACGUACUUAUAUACUACCGCCUCUGCUACGCAGUACACGUCUACACAUACGUGUAUAUGAAUGUGCAUCGAUACAUACCUACCCUUUAUACGCUUGCCUUCGUGUUGUUUAUUUCUAUAUGUAUGUAUCUUCUGGUGGCUUGACUGCUAGAGAGGUACCUACAGGUAGGGAGCUGUGGAAGGUAGUAGGUAGGUACGUACCCACAAAGGUACGGUACGGUACGGCACAGUGCCCUUUCUCGCCAUCCACCUAAGCGCGGUGCUUUCUUCUUCCUCCUCUUGGCUCGGCCUCCCUCCUUUGCGCGAUUCCACGUACAAUACCCCUACCCCGUGUCUUGCAGCCAACUCUCCAUUCUCAAAACUUCCGUCCUUCGCUUCCAUCUUUCUUGUCUCUUCUGACAGCCUUCGAUCAACCACAGCGACGGGUACGCGCGCCCGCCGACAACCCCAGCGGCUUGCGACUCUGGCGACUCCUACUUCUCCCAGGCUCCCAACCAUUCGCCCGUCACACCAAUGCCCAGGGGCCUUCCCGUGUAACUACCGUAGUGUAUAAUGAGUUCCGCAGGGGGUGUCUCGGCUCGCAAUUGACAACGAUGAACGGCUUCGCAAACCGAGACCAGAAGGGGUUCGAUGCGAGGGGACCGCCGCCUCUGCGCCCGACGAUUACGCCGAGGGGCCCGGCGCUCGUCGAAUCGUAUAGACAGGAUGGCCUGGAUGGGUUUGAGAGGGAGCGGCCUCGGUUCAACCCGUUGAAUCCGGGUCGAGUCCAGAGCUCGGUGCUCGUCGAUCUUCAAGACCCCGUCCAAGUGCACCUACUCACCGAAACCGCGCUGCUCGAUAGCAAGGAAUACGAAAUCCUCUCCCAAGAGGAGGUAGAUGACCUCAAGAAGCAAUGGCAGGUCUUGAAUCAGCGGAUAGAGCAGACGCGGGCAAAUCUCGCCAUCCAAUCCAAGUACCGCGAUGCCGCGAUAUCCAUGUCCAAGUUAUACUCCCCCUCAAGGGCGGACGGCAAGCGAAAAAGUCUCCUCGGCCACCGGCACAGCGGGUCAAUCGACGCCGCCCGGGAGGCCGAGCACGAGCUCAGCACGAUCCAGAAGAAAUGUGAAGAUUUGGCCUCGGAGUUGUGGGCUUUGGAAAAGCGCGCCAUGGAACCCCAGAGGAGGCUUCUAGAACACACCGCCGGCAUCCUACAGCUUGCGCACAAGACGUCCAAGCCGACCGUCCCGUCUCCCAAGGGACCGCUGGUUAACGGCGUCCCUGCUAGCCCCGAGAGUAUGUAUACCACGUCGAACGGUCGUGACAGUAUGGACUUUCUAGACGAAGGCAUCAUUUUCGACGAAGCUAGCCUAUACCGGUCGUUCGAUCUGUCCAGCGGGUUCGACGGUAGAAUCCAGCCAGCCAUCGAGAUUCCUACGAAGUCGCCCAUCCGUGAGCAGAACAAGCAGCUUGCCGAGGAGAGCGAGAGGCUACGGGAGGAGAACCGGGAGCUUCGGGCGCGGACCGAAUCCCUGUUAUCGCAGAUCAACGAACUGGGAGGCUCGAGGUCGGACCAGCGGGCGCUGAUCUCAGACACGGAAGGCAAACUAGAAAGCUUCAACCGCCAAUUGCGUGAACUUAUCGUCGCCGCAGAUCCGGCAAAUAACAUGAAUUACCAGGCACCGCCGUCAGGCCAGCUCGAGCCCGGAGAUAUGAUCGGUAGCCAUUUAGACUAUCUAGAGGGUGGCUUGGCCGCCCUCGCCGAAGGUCAAAGCGAUAGUGUGGCGGUGACCGGGAAACUACAAAUUCUUAAUACCCAGAUCCAGGGCCUGCUCGCGCAAGCCAAUCCGAAUCAACCCCCGCCACCAGACGCAAGCCUGGGCGUUGACGAACAGUUCGGCUACCUGCAGAAUUCUCUUCAGAUGAUCGAGGAGGACCUACGACGAGCCGCUGACGCAGUUGGUACAAAUUCUGCCGAUCGACAGAAGACCGAACAGUCCGAGGCCGUUCUCAUGGGACUCUGGGACAUCAUCCAAUCAGGCUACGCCGACAUGCGGCAACGGAAGCACGACCGACGAAAGGCUCGUUUAGAUAAGGGGUUGGAGCCGGAUGAGGCGGAUAUGUCUGAUGGCGAGUCUUUUGACCCCGACGAAGUGUACUCAUUGCAGGCUUUCUCAACCAAGAUUCAGUGGUUAUACACACAAGCCACCAAAUUACAAGAGCAAAAGGGUGUUCUUAAACGCCAAAUUAAGCAGCAGCGUGAGCUCAACAGCAGGUCCGAUUCCGAGAAGGAUGAAGCGAUCAGGACCAAGACGGACGAACUAGAGGAGGCUAGGAUACUACUUCAGAAAGCAGAAAAGGAAACAGACAGCACCCGCGCGCAGCUUUCGCGGGCCUUACAAGAUCUUGAGGAGGUCCAGAAUAACCGUACCGAAGAAUCCGCUGCCAUAGACGAGGCACGAGAACAGCUCCGAGAACGGAAUGCGAAGGUCGCAUCGCUGGAGGCCGACACCAGAAAUACACAGGCGCGUCUAGCGACGGCUGAGGCCAACAUACAAGCCAUCACUACGCAGCUGCAAGAAGCCAGCGAAGCCAAGGACGCCGCAGACAAGGCUGUUAAAGACAAGGAGAAUGAGCUCAAGGCCAAGGAGGAAGAACUCAAGGCAAAGGAGGAGGAGCUCGGACAGAUGAUGAGCAUGGUCGCCGAGCUCAAGAUGGAAGCUACCCUUGCCAAGGCCGAGCUCGAUGGAGCGUACGGAUCGAGGAAGGAGAGGGCAGCGGAGGUUGCAGCCCUACAUAACUCUUCGGAAUCCGCCAAGAUGCAAUCCAGAGUCCAUACCCUGGAAAAGGAGUUGAAGGCCACGGCCGAGGAUUUGACCAACGUCGUCAAGCAAUCACUCGAGAGCGAGAAGAAGAUUGGGGAGCUGGAGGGCGAGCUCGACCGAGCCAGGGCGGAGCAUUCUAAAAUCAAAGAGGAGAGGGAUCACAUGGACGAGGAGCUCGAGAAGCGGCUCCGCGAAGCUACCAGUGACCUCGAGGAAAGGCAUGAGAGCGAGAUCGCAAGGCUGCGGAGAGAGAAAGAACAGAUACUAGAUGACCUCGACAAGGAACGACUGAGAUCAGCCAGCUUCCCCGUAUCGCCCGGCGGCACCAAGACGUCGUUCUUGACAGACUCUUACCGGGUAGGACUUAGGGCUGAGAGGAGGAAGUACGAGGAGCAGCUAAGGGCGGAACAAAUGCUGCGGAGGAAGAUCGAAGACGAAUUAAAGGCAUUGAAGCGAGCGCAGGGGCCCGGCAAGAGUCCGCUGAGCCCUUCAAGGAAAUAAACGGCCUCUUCUUCUUUCGCCCUGUUAUCAAUAUUGUCUCGGGAUACAUAUAUUUAUAUACAUACUUUUGGUGGGUAUUCGUGUCUAUAGCUAGUCGCACCAUGUUUUGUCUUAGGGGGGGGGGGGGGGGGGUUCAUCCCAUUCUUGUACAAUAGAGAACCGACUUGGGGUUUAGCUC